CGAACACACCCCUUUGCGGUGUGUGUACGGGUUUACGUAAACAAUUUGUGAUAAGUGAAUUGAUUAUACAAAUGGCUUCCCCCAGUUCGGGCAAGCCGGACCGCCGCUGCCGUCUCCGGCGCUGGUGCCGCAGCCGCCGCUGUCAGCUAUGGCGUCUGUUGCUACUGCCGUUCAUCCCUAUCCUCGCCCUGAUUGUGCAGACUACACUAUCGUUGCGGAACAGCGUUACUAAUGGCAGAGAAGUUGCUGAUGUGGAAGAGCAAGUAAGCAGAGCUACAGAACUUGGCAAGCUUGUGACGAGACUGCAGCAGGAAAGGUCAGAAGUAGCUUUCUUCAUCUUCACCAAUGGGAGUACGUUAAGAUCAAACUUAUCAAUGCGUUUCACGAUGACUGACAACGCGCUGCUCCAGAUGGGAGACCUCCCGCUGCUGGCGUUCAAGAACAGACGCAAGCCGGUCGACGAAGUGACGUUUAGAACAGAACUCGGUGAACUCAGGGACAGCAUAUACACCGAGAAGUCCAUGAACAUGACAGAUGUAGUGGAGUGGUACACAAACGCCAACGCAGCGCUGCUCAACCAUCUCACUAAAGAAAUUAAAGACACAGAUAGCAGUACCAUAUGGAGGUAUUUGGUUGGCUUCAAGAAUAUCUUGCGGAGCAUAGAAUGCAAAGGCAUCGCGUCCGUUCUAGGAAUCAAUUACUUUGGGCGCGGUACAUUGCAACCAAGAGCACACGAAAGAUUCAUAGCACACCUGGUCCUCGGGAGAGAUCUAUUAGACAACACUUUGAACUAUGUGCCUUCGCUCAUACCACUGCAUGUGGACAUCAAAGAAGACAGCCCAGAGUACAAGGAGUUGGAAAAGAAGAACCAGCUGAUCGUCGAAAACAGUCUCCAGACUGGAAACCUGACUGAGGCUAUCUCUUACUUCGACCAAACAACCACUCUGUUGGACAAGCUCCGCGCCGUACAGAAACAACUACGGGGGUAUAUCAGGGAAGGAGUAACAGAGAGUUUGAGGGAGGCACGUCGCAGCGAAGCGGUAUGCGCUGGAAUUCUGGUGCUAGUGUGUGUGGUGUCACCCAUCAUCAUUGCUCUCGUCAGGACAGCUGUCAAUACUAUUCAGGUAUACGCCACGAACUUGGCCGAAAAGGCACGAGAAUUAGAAUACGAGAAGGAGUUGAGCGACUCUCUCCUCUACGAGAUGCUUCCAGCCACCGUGGCUAAACAGCUGAAGCAAACCCAGCAGGUCCCGGCGGAGUAUUUUGCCUCGGUGACUGUCUACUUCAGUGAUAUAGUCGGGUUCACUGCUAUUGCUGCAGUGUCUACUCCUUACCAAGUCAUUAGUUUCCUGAACUCAGUUUACAAGCUGUUCGACGACCGUAUCGAGUGCUAUGACGUCUACAAAAUCGAAACCAUCGGCGACUCCUACAUGGUGGCCUCUGGGUUGCCGGUCAGAAACGGCAACAAACAUGCCACGGAGAUUGCGAGUAUGGCGCUAGAGUUGCUAGCUGCCACAGCACAUUGCAGAUUGCCGCAUCGUCCUGAUCAGACGUUAUGCAUGAGAAGUGGCAUCCACACAGGGCCAUGUGUCGCGGGGAUCGUCGGGAGCAAGAUGCCGCGCUACUGUCUCUUUGGGGACACCAUUAAUACGGCUAGUCGCAUGGAGAGUACGAGCGAGCCAAUGAAGAUUCAAAUAUCUGACGACGUCAAGAGAGCUCUGGACAGGAAUGGCAGGUUCAUCACAUCCCCUCGAGGAGUAGUUGAUGUCAAGGGUAAGGGUGAAAUGGUGACGCAUUGGCUGGAGGGUCGGUCGGGCCCGUCGCCCGUCCGUCUUUCCUCGGGCCUUGACUGCAGCGCCCCCAGCUUCCUCGCCCGCAUCCAUUCGCAGCGCGGACGGGAGAACAGACCACAUUAAUAUACGUAAUUUUAUGUUUAAAGACUUAUUGAUUUUGAAUUGAUUAUUUUUUUAUGUUUGAAGUCAAAUUCUACUUUCGAGUACAUAUGACAGCUGAUGUAGUCAUUCGACACUGCACGGCUAUAUUAUGCGGAGGGGUUGCAGUGAAGGUUUGAACAGUAACCACAAAAACAAUCCAAGAUUUAUUAAUUAUGUAAGAUGAGGAAAGUCUACGUCAUGCUGUCUAGCAACCCCACAUUGCAUUUUGGCAUUCUUUAUUAUAUUAGAAUUUAGUAUACAAUUGGUAUUCAAUUUGUGAGUUAAACUUAGAGUUUUAGUAUACAAUUGGUAUUCAAUUUGUGAGUUAAACUUAGAGUUUUAGUAUACAAUUGGUAUUCAAUUUGUGAGUUAAACUUAGAGUUGGUGUUUAUUUCAAAAUUCCAGGCAACUAUCAGCUACCAGGCAUUAAACUACUUAUAGACAAAGUUUAUUUAUAUGUUGGAGAAUAAUAUCGUAGGGACUAAUUUUUCCAGCCUCUCGUUUGCUUAAAAAGUAAAUACCUAUGCCGGAAUUCAAUAGGGGUUGCUGGAGGGAUGCUCUACAGUAACCCCGGCUUCAUUUAGUUUAUGCUUCAAACUGAAUAAGUACAGAUUUUUCAAGUACAAAUUUAAUAAAAAAUGCCAACAUGCAAUAUGGGGUUGCCACAGAUAAUGAUGUGAAAGUCUAAGACAAUGUCAUGCUUCGAAUUUGACAGCUAAAAGAGAUGGCGCUGUACGGCCACAGUGUAAAAAAGUCACAGUGGACCGACGAUCGAUGUUUGCGUAAAUCCCGACACCGCACAAGAACUCAGUAGGGUUGUCACAGACUUUCACACAAAUGCCUAAAUAAGAGUAAAGUUUCAUAUACAUAUAGAUAGUUCGUGUUAUCCACGAUGAAACGUCAAACUUCUAUGAAAUUAUGACGUAUAAAUAACACUUGCACUGCGUGUGCUAUCAAAAUCGUUGCAGACUUGUCUUGGUCUGACUUUACUAACAAUGGCGAUCUAAAGCCCGACCAGAAAUAUAUGAUCAUUGUCAAGAGGGCGCUGUUAUUUGCAUGUAUAGAGUGACAGUUCAGUUUAGUAUGAAAAAUUUAGUUCCAAUGAAAUUCCGCAAUAUGGCGCGUGAUCAUAUAUUACGGGUCAGGCUUUACCUAUGCAGCUAGGGUGAUCACGGAAUUCAAGUUCACAGUGACCAAUUGAAGGCAUACUUUUGAACGCAAUAGUUGUGCCCUGUCCUUCGUGUGUUAACCGAAUUCAAUGUAAUGACGAUUCACCGCAUCUUAACGCGAACGAACUAUAGACAUCCGAUUCAGGUAUCUUUCAUUAAUGAACCGGACCUUUUAGAGCCAUCUAUGUACUUCUGCUAUCAAACUUGUGGCUGAACAUUGUCUUUUCGCAAUUAACUAAACAUGGACUUUUGAAGUAAAAACUUCUUUAUCGGCGCUGUGCACUUUUUGUGAUGGGGAAAAAAUAUUAAACUCGCGUCAGGUGUCACGUGACCGUCAGAUUGAAAAUUUGUAAGAUGGACACGAGACAUCAUGGUGACGUGCAAAUUGAAUGUCAUCGAAGCCUGGUUACUUUUGAAAAAUCGUAUCUCAUUCAAGUGUGACAUUUUAUUUUCUUCAUAAUCAAAGUGCUGUCAUAACGGUUAAAGAGGUUUAAUCUUUGUUAAUUGUGUUGUAUUGUAUCUUUGUGUUGUUGGGUGUCCAUGAUUGUAGAUACUCAUAUUUUUCCUUAACUAAAAGUUAAAUAAUAGAAAUGAAGCGUGAUUGUUUUACUUAAUAUGAUGGUGAACGAUUCAUUAACAUUUACUGAUUGUGUAAGCUGUAGUCCUGCUUAGUGCUCACGUCUCAUGAAUAAAAUUACUCUGUAUAAGGUGAGGUAGGGGAAGUGUGCCAUGCCGUCUAAGUGCGCCUACCUUGAAUAUAUCGAAAACUGCUAUACUACUUACGAGUAUAUUACUAGUAUUCUAAAACACUUAGACUCUAAAAGUGUUGUAGAAUACUAGUAAUAUUAGUAGUAUAUAAGCAAUUUUCGAUAUAUUCAAAGUAGGCGCACUUUGACGUCAUGGCACACUUACCCUACCACACCUUAUGUUAUAUAUUAACACUAAAAUUCGCAUUUCAAAAUAUCUUCCACACUUAAAUUUAUUUACGCAGGUAUAAUAGAGAAUUAUCUCUUUUUAUAAAACUGCUACUUAAUGUCUCUAAAAUAUCAAAAAUUCACAACGUUAAUAUUCAAGUUUUCACUUCUGUCGGCACUCCCGGAGUGCAGCCCGUUGUUUUUUUCUUGAUUAUUGUUGCUUGUGAAACUAGGAAUUAUUUGCCGUCAUUCGGGCAUACUAAAACCGUGCUGCUAUGUUUAGUAUUGUAUAUAUUUAUUAGAGAAAUAUAUGUGUUAGAUAUUAAUCUAACAAGGAAGGGUACCCAACUGUCCGACUCCGAUUUGAUUCAUUUUGAUAUAUGUUAUAGAGUAGUCUAAAAUAACGGACACGUAUUUUUUUUUUGCUGCACAAACUCAACCUAUUGGGAGAAAUUGUCCUCCAAAGUACUAAAAAGUUACUAAAUCUUCUAACUCCUAUAGAAAGUGAUGCUCAAGCAACUUGCUAGUUAAUGGCUGGUUUGAGUAUAUGUUUGAAAGCAGCAAAAAAUAAUGAGCACGUGUUUUGUUAUAUCGGCUAAAACUAUUUUUUUCCUAAAAGAAUCGACAUUCGAAGUUUUAUAAUAUCUUAUCACUAUAGUUACACAUAAAGACGGGUGUUUUUUUAGGAAAACUUGAGUUUAAGCAGAUAUAACAAAACACGUGUAAAUUAUUUUUUCCUGCUCUCAAACAUAAUAUACUCAAACAAGCCAUUAACUAGCAAGUUGCUUGAGCAUCACUUUCUAUAGGAGUUAGAAGAUUUAGUAACUUUUUAGUACUUUGGAGGACAAUUUCUCCCAAUAGGUUGAGUUUGGGCAGCUAAAAAAAAAUACGUGUUCGUUAUUUUA